UUUUAACAAAAGGCAGAGCCAAAAAGAAAGGGAGUUAAUACCGGUUCUGUAUUUAUUUUAAAAUUUGUUUUGUUCAUCAUGGAUUUUUUUCGCAUUCAUUUUGCUGUUUUAAAAACAUUGCAUUGGCUUCGCACUGACCAGCUUUCCAGGGAAUGGGCUGCUUUAUUAACCUCAAUGGAUGAAUUUCUUGGCAACCCCUUACAAUUUUGCCCCCAAAGUGACUGCCUUACUUCACCUCACCUUAGUCUUGGCCUUGGGGACUGAAGCUGGAGUUGGAGGGAGAGAGGUCAGAUCUAGGGGAGGGGUGGCUUAUAGGGAGGGGAGACACUGUGGAAGGGGAAGGAAGGGGCACAUAAGACUUCCUUAGAUGUUCUCCUUAAAUGCAGAUCUCCUCAAGGCAAAAGUGGCAUGACUUCUGUGGGUUGCUCAGGAAGCCCCACAGCUCAGACCUGCAGGUCUCCUAAGGAGAUCCCUUUCAGACUUUCUCCUCUGGGGUUCCUCUUCCAGGGACCUCAGACCCUGGGAGGAGGGGGUUAUACGUUGAGCAAACACAGACAUCACAUUACCCAAAGGACACGUGAGUUUUGCGCAAACUCGGCCUUGGGCUGCAGACAAUAUCGACCCCAUGGUUCAGGGCUGUCUAACCAAAGGGAGGGGAUGAUGGGGAAAGAAGGGCAAAGGUCUAGAGAGGACCUAGUCUCAGAGAAAAUACCUCCCCUCCUCAUUCCAUUCCUUCUUUCCCUUCUCCCUGUCCCAUGCAAGUGGCCCUUGGCCAGUUCCAGCUUCCAGGCAGGUCUCCUGGAUGGAGCCCUGGGGGUCAGUGAGGGAAGGCUGCCAGCUCUGAGCCAUGCCUCUGCUUCCCCCUACAUGUGUGCUCCCAGGAUGUCAGCCUACUUGCUGACUGAGCAACGAUCUGUCUCAUCUCUUGGAGUGAGUAUGGAGGGAGGAGAAGAACAGAUAAAACCUAAGUCUUUAUUAGCUCUGAGACCAGCAAAGAUGGUUCUGGGGGGGGGGGAGGAGGAGGCCUAAGAAAGAAGAGGAGGAAGCCUAGGAAAGGAAGAGGCAUGAAGUGUGGGAUAGACACAGUAGCUCAGCCCUGAGGAGCCCGUGUGAGAGAGAGCA